AUGGCGACCCCAGACAGUAAGACGCCAAAAGGCCCAACGGUUACGCUGAAAACCCCCAAGGGAACGCGGGACUGGAGCGGACAGGACAUGUUGCUGCGCGAGGAAGUCUUCCAAAUGAUCACCGAUGUAUUCAAACGGCAUGGUGGCACCCCUCUUGAUACCCCUGUGUUUGAGUUGAAAGAGAUUCUUGCAGGAAAAUAUGGGGAAGAUUCCAAGCUCAUCUACGACCUGCAAGACCAGGGCGGCGAGCUCUGCUCUCUUCGAUACGAUUUAACAGUUCCCUUUGCCCGUUGGCUCGCCAUGAACAACAUACAAGCUGUAAAGCGUUACCACAUUGCCAAAGUCUACCGAAGAGACCAACCGGCCAUUGCCCGUGGACGAUAUCGCGAGUUUCACCAGUGCGAUUUCGACAUUGCUGGCGUGUACGAUCCUAUGAUUCCUGAUGCUGAAGUCUUGCGAAUUAUAGUUGAGGUGUUUGAGGCCUUACAGCUUGGAGUCACCAUCAAGCUCAACCAUAGACAAGUUCUUGACGGCAUGUUCGCCGUGGCAGGCGUCGCCCCCGAGAAGAUCAGGACGAUUAGUUCGGCCGUUGAUAAGCUGGACAAGAUGUCCUGGGAAGAUGUCAAGAAGGAGAUGGUUGAAGAGAAGGGCCUUGCUAGCGAGGUGGCUGACCGAAUUGGCGAAUAUGUUCGUCAUGCGGGAACUAUUUCCGAGACGUUGCAGCUUCUCAACUCCAGGGAGGAGCUCGUCGCAAACGAACAAGUCAAGCGCGGACUUGAUGACAUGGCCUUGCUUUCUUCAUACGUUGAGGCCUUCGGCAUUGCCGACAAGAUAUCCUUUGAUCUCUCUCUUGCUCGAGGUCUCGAUUAUUACACUGGCUUGAUUUACGAAGUCAUCAACCUACCCCCCAAGCCUGAAGAGGGCCAGGACUCCGGCAAGAGAUCAAAGAAGGACGAUCCCGCCAGCCAAGUAGGCAGUAUUGCUGCUGGCGGCCGUUACGACAACCUGGUAGGAAUGUACGGCAAGCGGCAGAUUCCUUGCGUAGGUAUUUCCUUUGGUGUUGACCGCAUUUUCACCAUCUUGGAGGCACGACGCAAAAAAGAAGGGCUCGAGCAAAGACGAGGCGUGGACGUGUAUGUCAUGGCUUUUGGCGAUAAGACGUUCAAUGGUCUUCUUCCGGAACGCAUGGCAGUUGCCCAGAGGUUGUGGAGCGCCGGUAUCCGCGCAGAGUUUUCUCCGAAGGUCAAGCCUAAGCUGCCCCAGCAAUUCAAGGCUGCCGAAGGUGUGCCGUUAGGAGUCAUUUUGGGUCAGUCGGAGCUCGACGCCGGCCAGGUCAGACUCAAGAGACUGGGACAAGGAGAGAACAAGGGAGAUGACAAGCCUGCGGAGAAGGACGAUGGAAAAUUAGUUCCAUUGGACAACUUGGCUGAUGAAGUCAAAAAGCUACUUAUCUAG